CAGACUUUGUCCCGGCUGCAGGACGCCGUCGCUGCAACCAGCUGAGGAGCCGCCGCCUCACACCAGUCAAUGUCAUCAUGAGGUCUUUAUCAGGAACGUCCCCCUCAGUGACGCCCACAUCUCUCUCCUCUUCAUCAGCUGAACGUUUCUCCAUCCAGAGUCCACAAGUGCAGGAGGAGUUCCUAAAAGAACGUCUGAGAAGAUUGGAGUCUCGCAGCAACGUCAAUGGGAUCUCCUCCCCCUCCUCUACCUCCUCAUCUUCACAGGCAUCCCCCCUCAGCCCCUCCUCCCCUCAGGUCUCCCCCUUCAGCCCGACUCCCUCCGUCUCUCCUUCCACCCCCUGGAGAUCCUCCCCUGGGCAGCCAGACCGUGUACCAGCUCUGUCUCUGUCCAGUCCUGAACUCCUGUCAGAGCUGAAGACAGCCAGGACACAACCUCUCAGACACGUUCCUCAAAGAAAAGGACUGACCACAGUCUUUUCCGGACGAGGACGACAGGUGUCUGGCUCCUCCCCUGAAGCUUAGCCAGCCAAUAGGAGGGCUUCUCGUAUUUUGACCAGUGCCUCAUCAAAACGCCUCCGACUCUGAUUCUACCUCCACAUCUUCUCAAAAUGAACAAGAUGAGCCGAAAAACUGAACCUCUGGUGCCACAAAGCAUGAGAGAAAGAAGGCCCAUGAAAGCCCCGCCUCCUGUUUAGAAGCCCCGCCCCUCCAGUUCUGCAAAAGACCUGCAGAUCUUUUUGUUCUGAAGGGAGGAAGAUCAGAACCUUUAAUUUCAAACAUCAACUUGUUAAUUUCAGAUAAACUUUGCUGUGAUGGAAAUGUGUAGAAAUAAAAUCUAAACAGAGA